AUUUAUAGCUUAGAAGUCACCAUUUCAAAUAUGCCGGAUCAUUCAUUAUUUCGUAAUCCAAAUUAUGGUGGUAGUAUAUAUAUAUAUAUAUAUGAACACUCAGUGUUGAAAUUCGUUUUCUGUGUCGUGACGUUCCAGUCGGAAUAUAGACGGUUUACUUUCAUGUUAAAACAAAGUCAGUUUACCCCAGAGGUCGCCAUUUGCAAUCUUCAUCACUUCCGGCAAGAGCAGUAGGAGAAGACAAGUAAACCUGAACAGUGUGGGAAAUUACUGAUUGUGAAAAAAACCACCCCAAAAAACUGUACUAUGGCAGACAGCGGAACAGCGGUCUCCAUUUCACCUGGUGGAUAUCCCAUUGAGAUUUUCCCUGGGGGUUUUGACGAGAAGUUUCGCUGUAAUUCUUGCACAAAGAUUCUGAGGGAACCAGUCCAGUCUUUUUGUGGUCACCGAUUCUGCAAGAGCUGUAUCCAGGAAGUUAUAAGACAGGGGGAGAGAGUCCAGUGUCAGUCCUGUAUUAAUGAAGGCGCAGGUGAUGAUGAUGACUACAGCAUACUGAAGGAAGAACAGAUGUUCCCUGACAAUGGCGUUCGGCGUGAGAUGGCCAAUAAGGAAGUGAAGUGUAUCAACCCUGGAUGCUCCUGGACUGAUGUUUUCAAAAGUUAUGAUGACCAUGUACGCAAUUGUGAGUACCGACCUGUUGCUUGCACAGAGUGUAAAACUCUUGUGGAGAAAAUCAACAUGGAAAACCACCUGAAGGAAAGCUGCUUGGGACGCAAGAUCAACUGUAAAACUUGUAACCAGGAAAUUGCAAUUAAAGAUGAGGCACAACACAACAAAGUUUGUCCUAAGGCCAUGGUGAAGUGCGAAGCCUGUGGAAAAAAGAAGAUAAUGAGAGAUAAGUUGGAGCUCCACCACGAGAAAGAGUGUGCUAGCCAGAGAAUCAGCUGUCCUGUUGGAUGUGAUCCCGUAGAGAGGGGUGCAUUCGUUGGCCACCUGGAGAAAAAAGCUGGGAUGCAUAUCCAUUGGUUGAUGCAACAGAUUGAAACAUUGACUCGUGAGGUUAGCAACAAGAUCCAUGCACUAACACCUAUGGAUGAGAUCAACCGCAUGGUCCAGAUGAUUACAGUUCUACAGGCCAAGAUCCAGGAACAAGACAACCAGAUUCGGGGCCUCAUGGACCGCAACGCUGAUCAGCCGAGAGGCAACAAUAAUGUCGACAUACUUUCACUCAAAAAGCAAACAAAGGCACUGGACCUGAAGACAGGAACAUUUGAGGGGAUCGUGACAACUCUCCACAGGGAGAUUGAGAGAUGUAUCACUGCGCUUGAUACACUGGAGAGACAAAGAAAUUCUGAACGGGAAGCCAAUGAAGAAUUGAAACGAAAAAUACAACAAGCGGAACGAGCUAUAUCCCUAAAAGAUGUCACCAUCUCAGAGCUGGACAGCAGGCUCAGAUCACUGGAAAUUGUUAGUUAUGAAGGCACACUGGUCUGGAAAAUAUCAGAAUGGUCAAAACAUAGACGCGAGGCCAUGUCUGGCAGAGUGACCAGUUUGUACUCACCUCAUUUCUACACAGGGAGAACGGGCUAUCGCUUGUGUGCACGACUCUAUCCCAAUGGGGAUGGCAUUGGCAAGAAAACACACGUGUCUGUGUUUUUUGUUGUAGCAAGGGGGAAUUAUGAUGCAUUGCUGUCAUGGCCGUUCAUCCAGAGAGUGACCUUCAUGCUGCUCGACCAAAACAAUAGGGAUCAUGUUGUUGAUUCUUUCCGUCCUGAUCCAGCCAGCAGCUCCUUUCAGAGACCAACCACGGAGAUGAAUAUUGCCAGUGGAUGUCCUCUGUUCAUGCCUUUAAAGAAAUUAGAAGACGUUGGAACAUCGUAUGUGAAAGACGAUACUCUGUUUCUCAAAAUUGUUGUGGAUUCUGAAAGGCCUGCUGGGGGAGGAGCAGUGUAGACAUGCUUUAAUUCUAAUGGUUAAUUGGUUUAAGUUUUAUGGCUGACAGUUUUUAAUAUUUACUUUUACCAAUCAAAUUGGCAUUUUUGUCAGCAUGUUCGAUCUGAGUUUUGAAGUGAGAGUUAGCGCUUUAUCAGAAGUGCCUCACGUGGUAUGAACCCCGGUAUGUCUAGCCAGAGGUCGAUUCCAGUAUCAGGAUAGCUUAUGUCGGAUCUAUAAAUUCUGAAAAUAGUUAUAUAUAUUGUACAUCAAAGUUUUACUUUAUAUACAACUUACUAUUAAAUGUGUUGCAACUUUUCAAGACCGACUGGUCCCUUUGUCAAGCUAUUUGAUUUGUUAAGCUAUGUCAUAUAUUGUUUUAUCACACAAUGUACUGUGUUAUCCAAUGAA